UAUACACUAUUAACGAUCUUUUAAAAAAGUUAACUAUUAGGUGAUUAUUAAUAAAAUGAUAUUUUUAUUGCUGUUAUGUUUGGUGAUACACCAUAUAGUGAUUGCAAGUGAUCCGGAUGUCGAUAUUUGCAAUAAGCCAUCGAUUAAUGCAGGCGUCUAUUCAGAUGAUGGUUACAGUUAUAUCUUUAAAGAUAACUAUUAUUGGCGUACAAAAGAUUUAGACAAAUUCAAUGGUAUCAUAGGAUUUUCGGAUUUGGUGGCAAAUAAAUGGCCAGAUAUUGUGGGAAACAUAAUAACAGUAUUUACUUUACCACAAUCGACUUCACAAAAUUUGAUAACAGUUUAUGUUGUGAAGAAUAGAUGGUUUUCGUAUGAAAACGGUAACUAUAAACAGGACGGAUCCACUAAUACUUGGCCACAAUUUGCUGACAUUAAGAUUACGGCGGCAUUUAAUAAGGAAUAUAUGAGUCCAAAAGUUUUUAUAUUGCAUAACAAUAGCAAUAAUUUCAAUCUCUAUGACUUUACAUCAAUUAAAUAUCCGUCUCUUUUGAGUACCGGUACGACAAAUAUUAACGAUAAAAUGCUUUUCUUCAUUGAAAGUGAUGCCAAUUCUUCAGCCGUCAGUACAUUAACCACUUUGACAGCACUUAUUAAUCCAAUCGCUGCCCUAACCUAUGAUAAAAAUCUGGUCUUAAUUGCCAUCGAUAAAAGUUGUACCGUUAAACUAACUGAUGAUCGUUACAUGAAACAGUGUGAUCCCAAUGUAACGACAACAGCACUUUUCAGUUGUCCACUUAAUCUGAAUCAAAGACCAGUAACUACAGGAACUAUCACUACUGUAAUAUCGAGUGGUGGCGACAGUCAGCCUAAUAAUACAAUUCUUGUUAGUAAUACAACCAUUACUAGCGAACAAAAAUCGGUCGCUCAAAGUGACUCUUCCUCGAGUUGGCCAUACAUUGUCAUUGUUGUGACAAUUGUUGGUUCAGUAGUAUCAAUAGGAGUCGUAGUCUUGGUUUAUAUAUUUAGCAGAAAGACCUCAAAGGGUGAAGUUAUUUAUAUCGAUAAUUCACACAAAGAAUUAUCAAUUGGUUCCUUACAAGUCAAGACCCAAAAUUCAAAUACCAGUAAUUCAAUUAAAAGUUAACCAAAUUG